UUAUUCUUCAUAAAUUCUCAGAAAUAUUUUCGAACCCCAGUUUUUCCCAAAUCCUAUCCGUAGUUUCAAUCUUAUUUCCUCCCUCCAUUUCAGCGCUGGGUGUAGCCGUCGUCGCCAUCGCCACAGUUCGUCUUCAACUAUUUCAUUGCACUAAUACGCCGCUUAGGGACUUGUGUUGAGUAUAUGUUCGGAUAAUGUCUAUCCUCAACUGCAACUCUGUUAUUCGACAUCAAAUUUCGGCUUCUUCUGCUCUUCCGGAUGACCCUUCUUCACCUUCGGUUUAUUCCAAACCUACUGAAUAUCCACCCCCCAAAAGAAGUAGAAAACUCCCACUAAAGCUAAAGCUUAGACAAGCAAAGGGCGCCCAACAGCCGACUGUUUUGGAAAUUGAACGAGCUAUUGGCGCUGGCAUUUUUCGAGACAGAGAUGUCAACAGUGAAUCAGGGGACAAAUCGAGUUUGUUUGAGAGGAAUACCGUCGGGGAGGAUGAAGGUUCUGUAAAGAAGAAGCUAAGUGAUGUCAGCGAAUGGCUCAUUGAUCAAACUGAAAGAACAUCUCGUCGAGCUGGAAAGCCAAUCUUGGUUUCUAUGUUUGUUUGGAUGAUACCAAUAUGGAUGGUUGGAUUUGCGGUAGCUUCUGGGAUCAUACAGCUGCCCUUCCAAACACCAUUUCUUGAAGACCUUAUUUCGUGAAGAUUAUAUAUAUAUAUAUAUGUAUAUAGACAUAUAGUGCCUGUGCAGUAUGGAUCUUGAUUUCAUUAUCCACGUACACUCUCCAUGGUCAAUCUUUAACUUCGAUCAGGUACACUUAAUUUUAGUAUGUUUUUUUGUUAAUUGAUUUUAGUAUGUUAUGGUGACUUCUUCAA